ACCGUAAACAGUACUAUCAUUAAACCAAAAACCACACAACCUGGUACUGUAUCCGGCUAGGUUCAGCAUUCAGACCCACCUCAGCUUGUGGUCAUUUCGAAUCUACCAUUUAGCUGAUCGGUCGUACCGUAACCGAAAGAACAGUACCAGUAGUACCACUGAUCUCUUCGACAGUAUUCGCGCUUAAACUUCCAUCGCGAAUGGACUGAACCACUCAGUGACCGUGAACUCAGAAGGAAAACGGUGCCGAAAAUCUUUAGUACCGAAUAAGGUUAAAAUCAAAAGUGAGAUGUUCAAAAAAUGGACGAGCGUUGGAGCAAUUUUGGCUGUUCUUAUUAGUAGUGCGGUUUCACUCGAGAAUGGGUUGGCAAGAACGCCACCAAUGGGUUGGUUGGCGUGGGAGCGGUUCAGAUGCAACACAGAUUGCAAAAAUGACCCUGACAACUGCAUCAGUGAAAAUCUCUUCAGAACAAUGGCAGAUAUCGUGGUGAGCGAAGGUUAUGCCAAUGUAGGUUACGAAUACAUAAACGUCGACGAUUGCUGGCUGGAGAAAGAAAGAAACCAAUACGGCGAACUAGUACCUGAUAGAACCAGAUUCCCCAGAGGAAUGAAAGCUUUGUCCGAUUAUGUGCAUGCCAAAGGUCUAAAAUUUGGAAUCUAUGAAGACUUUGGCAACUACACAUGUGCCGGAUAUCCAGGAGUGAUAGGAAAUCUGCAACAAGAUGCGGAAACGUUCGCUUCUUGGGACGUGGACUAUGUAAAACUGGACGGAUGUUAUGCACAUCCGAGUGAAAUGGAUCGAGGAUACCCGGAAUUUGGAUUCUACUUGAACCGAACUGGACGGGCGAUGAUCUACAGCUGCAGUUGGCCGGUUUACCAAAUUUAUGCAGGAAUGGCCCCAAACUUCACCUCGAUAAUCCAAAGUUGCAACAUGUGGAGGAACUUUGACGAUAUCCAGGAUUCAUGGGCCAGCGUGGAGAGCAUUAUCGACUAUUAUGGAAACAAUCAAGACGUGAUUGUGCCAAAUGCUGGACCGGGCCAUUGGAACGAUCCAGAUAUGCUAAUUAUUGGAAAUUUCGGUCUCAGCUACGAGCAGAGCAAGACCCAAAUGGCCAUUUGGGCUAUAUUAGCCGCACCGCUUCUGAUGUCCGUCGACCUCAGAACGAUCAGAUCAGAGUACAAAGCCAUAUUACAAAAUAAGAAAAUUAUUUCCGUUGAUCAGGAUCCUUUAGGAAUCCAAGGAAGGAGAAUAUAUAAGCAUAAAGGGAUCGAAAUAUGGUCAAGACCGAUAACUCCCUUGUACCAAAACUACUUUUCUUAUGCGAUAGCGUUUGUAAAUAGACGCACCGAUGGAACCCCAUCUGAUGUGGCUGUUACUUUAAAAGAACUAGGACUGAGUUCUCCGACUGGAUAUAGAGUUGAAGACUUAUACGAAGACGUUGACUACGGAGUAUUGUCCCCUCAAACCAAAAUAAAAGUGAAAGUCAAUCCUUCAGGCGUAGUUAUACUAAGAGCGGACGUUCAGGUGGAUUUCGACCGAAGAGUGUCGUACUACACGACGCAAAGGACACCCUACAACCCCCUCAAUCAGGUGUUUAGAAUAAGAAAUAAUGGCUUUUAACUUAGCUUAUUUAAAUAAAUUAUUUUGUAAUAUA